AUGGGUCAAGAUGCCCCUAUAUCAUUAAUCGAAUCAUGGACGGUUACGGAAACGGACAUCCGAAAUAAACGUGCUUAUAGUGCUCGAGCCGCCAAGCAGCGUUUAUCAUUUUCAUACAAAGCGUAUCGGCUCGGCCAGAAUAGUACCAAGAUUACGCACAAAACCAACGGUGAAGCGCAGAGUGCGCCGCCACAAGUGGGGCAGGAUGAGCGCGGCGUGGAGCGGCGGGCGUUCGAUCGCGGGGACGCGCUGAGGUCAUUCACCCCGCGCCCGCCUGGACAGACCGACGCUAGGGCUGCCACAGAUUAUCUUCUCGAGUGCAACGUGUUCGAGUUGUUGAAGUUCGGUACUAGUGCUGCCUACCGGCUGGCAACUUUUGACGCCUCGCGCUUGAGACCGGAACAGAGAGCAAACAAAACCACAGUGUUUUUGCGCAGAGCCCUUUGUUCACGGGCGGUGGACGUACGCUUCGAAUCGCGCCGUACUCUCUACUCGUCUACUCGUAAGGAGCACUGUGUUAGUGCGGUUGAUGAAAUUUUAGAG